GCCGCGGCCCGGCGUACAAGACGAAGCUGUGCGCGCUGUGGAGGCAAGGCGAGUGCAACCGCGCCUCCUGCAGCUUCGCCCACGGCGACGCCGAGCUCCGUGGCCCGCCGCCUCGUUCCCCGUUCCCGCCUCGCGGUGGACCUGGUAUGCGCGCACCCCCUCUCCCUCCUCCCCUUCCCCGUCUCGCUCUCCCCUUCCCAUCUGCUUUUCUGCUUCUCGGCGGUUGCCGUGUGCUCUCGAUCCGCAGCUAGGUGGCUCUAAAUCUGUUCUUCUGCAAUGGAAUUACUGUCUCCGCCGAUGUUCUAUUGUGGACAGAUUGUGCCGAUUGUUUUCUAGGAAAUUAUUCAGACGGAGUGAAACUGGGUUGAGUGUGAUCUGCUAUCAGUUUGAAAAGUUUGGGGGAUAUUCAUAUUUUGAGAAGAUUCAUGGUGUCCUACCAUGGCCCCAAGAAAGAGCAUUCUUUUUAAAAUAGGAGUAUACAUCGUUUCAUCUGUUUAUGUUGGAUUUCGUUUAUAAAUCCUGAGAGGAUGGGCUGCAUAUGUGGGGAAUAUGACAGACAGUGCGGGAUGCUGGUUGUACAGCGAAGUGAAAGAGAUAUCAAUUCCAUCUGCGCUGUGUGCUUUCUGCAGAAACUUUUGGAAAUGUUGUGGAACUGAGCUAGUAGUAAGAGAAAAUGAUUAGAAGAAUACCAACCAUGGUAACAUCUGACAAGAGCUGCCCUGUAAGAUAAACACUGAUGACCUGGUUUCUAUCUCUGGCUACUUGUUGGAAGAAAUAUACUCUACAGCCUGCACCUGGUCAUGUGAUAUCAGCACUAGAGUCAUUUAUAUACAAAACUAGAGCGUAAUAAUUCCAUCAGUUUGUGUGAUAUCAUUUUGUUGUACUGUUUUAUCGCCCAUAUAUUAUCCUUUUCUUAUAGUACUUUGGCUGCCAAAGUUUCAUGAACAAUGUGACAUCUUUGCUAAUCAUAUUUUUGCUACUGUACAAAUUAGCUGUUCCCAGAGAGAUUUUCUCCAACCGACUACUUGCAGAGGAUGACGCAUCCUAUUUUCAUUGCACACCUUUUCAGUUGGUAAUCAGACAUUUUAUGGUCGCUGGAAUGCUUAUCUUGCUACAGGAGAUUUCUUGAGGGAUAUCAUGUGGUUUCAGUCAGAUGCAUGUUAUCUUAAUGUGCUAAAGCACCUAGCAGCUUUUGCAACUAAUUGUAACAAAUUUGCUGAAUACACAGCGGCAAGGUCUCCUCUUGGGCUUUAUUCUUGCCUGCCAUUCCAAGUAUGAUCACAGAAAUAUAAAAUUUGAAGUCAAUACCAAUAAUAUCUGGACAAGUGGAAUUAGGUUUGUUCGACAAUAUUGGAAUUUGGAAGAUCUUUCUUCGUGAUAAUCUCAGUAUGAUGUCAAAAAUUGGAUAUUCCAUCCAUUAUUCACUUCUCAUGACUGACACGUUACAAGGUGCUGGAUUUAUUUUUUAAGUGGUGCAUCAUACACGUGAUAUGUGAUCAUAUAUUGGUCUCCCUCAUGCAUUAGUCUCAUUGGAUCUGCUCUUUUAUGCCCCCCUGGGGUUAUGUUGGUGCCUCUGCUACUUACUGAUAAUUGAAUAAUCAUAUGGCUCAAGGUUGUGGGAGACGAGACCAUAGACCUGAUGACUUUAGAGGUAGGCAUCUGAGACCCCAUAGGAGGAAUUCCCCUGAAAGAGAUGCCAGGGAUCAUUUGUUCCGUGAUCACAGACCGCGCUCUCGAGAUAGAGGCUCUAGUCAUUCAAGAUCUCCCAUCAGGAAGAGGCAUAGAAAGAAGCUUGAGGGUGGAAAAACUAAUUCAUCAGAAAGUUUGAACUCCUCUGAUAACGAAGAUAGAAAAAAGGAUGAUAGAUUCAACAAAGCUGAUGAUAAACAUGAUAAUGAAGCACAGCUGCAACGCAUUCAACUGGAUAUGGAAGCAUUACAUGAGGAGAAAUCUUCACUGGAGGUGAUACUGAAUGGCAAGAUCAAUGAAGCAUCCAAACUUUCUAGCAGAAUAGCUGAUCUUGAAUCACAAUUGAACGAUGAAAAAGAAGCUUGCGAAAGGAUGGCCUCAAAAACAAAGAAACUCAUCAAAGCACAUGCACGCUAUGUGAAAGCUCAGGAUGAUUUAAAGAGGUCGCAAGCUCGUUUUGAGAGGUUCGCUGAUUUGCUUGCUUCAGAUACCUUGAAGCCGUGUAGCAAGGAUCAGGGUUCUAGUGCUGCUAAGGAAGAUCCAUAUAAUGCUUAUGAAAUGAGUCCAAGUGAUCAACGGCAGAAUCAUGAAACAACUAGAAAAAGAUCCGUUGCCCUCUCAACUAGCGAAGAAGGAAGGAAUGGGAAGAAAAGGAGAGAGAGUUAUGACAACAGGGAUCCUAUGUCAGAGAAAUAUAGACCAGAAGAUGCUCUAGAACCUUUUCAGAGCAGCAAGGGAACUGAGGCAAAAGAACUAUUAUCUGUGAAGAAGAAUUUGGGGGAUGGUGACAACAAUGAGAAAGGAAAUGUUGUUUCUUCUGCAAAUGUUUUUACAGAUAGGUAUGAGGGCGGUGAUGAUGAUGAUGUUCUUGUGGACUAGUAAAUUCAUGCAGAUGGAGAUUGACAAAGAUUUCAGCAGUAAGGAGUAGGGUGAAGUAUGGAACAUGCGUUCAUUGCCAUGCCAGUUGCGUUUUCACAGACUAACCUGAAACUAAGGCUGCCAGCCUGUUAUUUAUCUUAAUGUAUCAUUUAAUACACCGGGCAUUAGGAAUUAAGCAUCUCGAUAACUUCUGUGGCGAAGACGAGUUGCAUUGUUCUCAAACAGGUUAUUCUCACAUUUGGGCAAACUGUGCGUCGUUAUUACCAUGGAUUCCAAGUAGCCUGUAUGGAUAAUGUAUCUGGCAGCCUAUUCGAGUUAGGUUUGGUAUUCAUGGAUUCAUCAUUGUGUUGUAAAUUUGUAAUGCUGCGAUCUUUAGCGUCUGUGUUACUACAGCAUCCCAUGGUUUCACUCGGCAUGAAGCUUCAAUCCUUUUUCUUUUUUC